GGUCGUUCCGUUUGUGAGUUCAUACCUCAAAUUUCCUUACUGUUUGUCAACAACACUCCAUAGCUAUGGGAACCGGUCUGACGUAUUUUCAACCAUAUCUAAUGUUGUCGGAUAUGCUACAAACGACCAAAUAGUCUUUAUACGAAAAACAAUCAGCGACGUCAUCAAAUGGUCAAGAACCUCUACAAACUUUGACAUCAAAUUCAGCGUGUAUUGCUUGUCAGCCAUGCCUUCUAAUCGAUCACCAUUUAAAUACGAGGCGGACGAUGGCGCAACGGAGACGCUUUCAUCCGCCUGGUUCUUUGUGGAUCCGGUUUCAGACGCCUCCUCACCUUUGGGUAUGAGUUUCGUGGCUUGUGCGCUGUGGUACGCCGUAGAGGUUGAGCUGGUUGCAUGCGAAGAUUUUCAAUUUACGUACGGAGGAUCGGUGAAUAUGGAUCCAUCUCGUGCAGAGGUGAUCCAUGAAAGCGAUUAUGAAAUGCUAUACGUACCGUUUACCACUCCAUACUCAAAACCUCCUGUUUGCAUGUUUACAAAUAAUUUCAUCAGUUUCCUAACUGUUAUUACACCAUCCAUAGCUGGAGUAUCUCUAACAAGAUAUGAGCAUUCUAUACCCGUUCCGUGGAUUGGAACAGGACCAUUUCCAAACCAAUUUAGUCAACAAUUGGCAAUAUUUUGCAUCGGAGUAAUCCCCUCUCAAAACUCUUUGAAAAUGCCAGAUCAAUUUUCCGAUGUUUCGUCAUACAUUGGUCUUCCAUCGUUUUGGACGGUAUUCAAUGCGGACUUCGACGACAAUCUAGCCAUGGGUGCGUCUCUGAUGGUGUGCACGUGGAACGCGACAGAUCACGCGUUGGUCGGAUGCGACAACUCGGAGCAGAGUUACGGGGGAGUGGCCAACAUGGACAUACGGAAUGCAGAGCUGGAAGACUUAGGAACGGUUCUUACAGUGUCCUUUAUCAAGAGCUACGCUAAAGUGCCUCACUGCUUUCUGUCACUUAACCAACUGAAAGACUACACGACGAUGUUGAAGGUGUACAGCAAUGUGACAAGAGAUUCGGUUUCUUUCCGUCGUUAUGUUGACGAAAUAGUCAUUCAGUGGAACGGAACCGAGCACGUUAUCCAUUCCAGGUUUACCUUGCUGUGUAUUGGCGCAAUGGCAUGGGGUGCUUGAAAGCGGAAGUGAAACUCUAAUAAACAUGAGCAGCUGCAAAGAUACCGUAAGCUGAGACCCGUACUGGACUCAUUUGCAAUAGAAUAAUUCUGUGGCGCGCAGAGAUGCAGAUUAAUGUAUGGAAUAGUAAAAAUUCUUGCACGGUUGCCAGCAGCAUUGUGUAAUGCUAGCACGUAUUUCAACAACAAUAAAAGCGGAUUUUCUUUGUAAAGUAAUAAAAUGUUUUGACAUUAUACAUUAUCAUGUACAAACCAAGAAGUAUGAC